AUGAAGUCGAAAGUGACACUAGAAUUCCUCAAGUGCAAGGUGGUCACCAUCUACCCUGUGAUUGCCAUAGGUCCUACAAUCAAUGGGACAUUGGCCGCGGAUAGCACGACCGGAUGGUUUAACAUAGACUGUGGGAGCGACACUCCACGCGUGGACGCCAACACCUUACUCCAAUGGGACACAGACAACGAUUUAAUCAAAUCAGGCAUCAAGGUACAUAUCUCAGCAAAGCAAAAACUUGACGAGAUGAACACCCUUCGGUUCUUCCCUACAGGACAACAAAAUUGUUACGACUUGAAGGUCUAUAAAAAGAAGGUGCGCUACUUGAUUCGUGCAGGGUUCUUUUAUGGCAACUAUGAUGGUCUCUCUAGCCCUCCAACGUUUGAGCUUCAUCUCGACGGGAAGAAAUGGAUGACAACGGUCAAAACGUCGAUGAUAGAAGACCCAGUAUAUCGUGAAGCCAUAUAUGAGGCUCGAUCAGAUCAUAUUAGCCUGUGCGUUGUUCGAGUUAAGGACGGAGGGGUGCCUUUCAUAUCUUCCAUAGAGGUUGUUCCACUGGAGCCUCCGGUUAAUCAUUAUUUGUACUAUAGGAUGGAAAGUAGUCACACUUUCAAUCUAGCAACUAGGGUAAACUUCGGUGGAGAUGAAGUAAGGUACACAGCUGGGACUUCACCAGAUGAACGGUACAACCGGAUAUGGACUCGUGGAGAAACUCCACCAAACUGUGAGGUAACAGCUACUGAUUCGGAUUCCUCGACAGAAAAUGAUCCUCCUCGUGAGGUGACCAAGCACUCCGUCGAAGCAAAGAGCUUCACUAACAUAACCUUGUCCGUUGAUAUCUCACAAACACCGACUCCACAAUCAGCUUAUGUUGUGCUCUAUUUCGCCGAAGAGAAAAACCUAACAUUCAGAGACACCAGACUGAUCAAUAUCUACAUCGACAACCAUAUGAAGUCCGAAGCUGCACUUGACUUCUUCACAUGCCAGGUCGUCACCAUAUACCAUGUGAUUCCCGUCGGUCCUAGUAUGAGUGUGACUUUGGCCCAGGACAAAUGGUCCGCCCUACCUCCGUCGAUCAGUGCCAUGGAAGUGUUCACAACCUUAGAUAAAAGCUCCGCUCCUAUCCUCCAUUGUCGCAGCUUCUUUUGUGCGUUCAGAAACUUCGUUAUUUCUUGUAUCUGUUUGCUUCUGUAUUUAGCCUAA